UCUAAAACAAAAAUUAAAUCUUGGUUUGGGGAAAAAAAUCAUGGGGCGGAGGAAGAUUGAAAUGAAAAUGGUGAAAGACAGCAGCUCCAGGCAGGUCACCUUCUCCAAGCGCCGUACCGGACUUUUCAAGAAGGCCAACGAGCUAGCCACCCUCUGCGCCGCUCAGGUGGCCAUUGUGGUUUUCUCCCCCGGUGGGAAACCCUUCUCGUUUGGCCACCCCAGCGUGGAAGAGGUGGCGGAUCGGUUUCUAAAUCAGGAUGCUCCUCCCAAACACUCUAUUCCUAGCCAUCCCGAGCCGCCGCCGCAGCCCCAGGAUGACAGUAACGUCGACAACCUUAAUCAGCAGCUGGCCGAGCUUCUCAAGCAGCUGGAGAUCGAGAAACAAAAGGCAGAAAAGCUAGAGAAGGAAAUCAAAGCUGGCGGAGGCGAGAAAUUCCAAAAACCUGUCAAUGAACUUAGCCUGGACGAGCUUCUAGACAUGAGGGAAUCCAUGGAAUCGCUUCAUGAGAAGCUUCAAAGUCGUGUUAACGAGAUGGAGGCAUCAUCUUCUCUCCUACUUCUCUCCGAGAAUCCUGUCCGGAUGAUUGUUAAUUAAUUAGUAUGUGUGCAAAAAAAUGGUCUAAAACUCUAAAUGGUUAUAGACCAUUCUUUUUUAAUAUAAAAGGACAUUUCUC